AAUGUCGAGGCGCACAACUCCAAAAUUUUAUUCGUACCGUUGUCCAAUACCAUCCCCAGCCGAAAGGUAGGGUUGGCUAAUUUAAGCUUGAACCCUGGCGUUGCCCCACCCUGCAGCAACCCUGGAUCAGCCCCGGAGACGUCACCGUAUCGCGAGAGCUUACGAGGCAGCCGGCUCUUUGUUUGGCCGCACAACCUUCUACUCCUGAAUCUUGAACACUACCAGCAUUGCUGAAGAUUCCCUUGUUUCACACGCAAAUACAUAUUCUUCUCGUACUCUCACGAGCGCAGCCAUGACAGACCCCACACCCAUCUCCCCGCCCAACGAAACCCCCAUCUCACCGAUCUCACGAACCGCUGCCUUCCCACACAAGACUUCCCCUGCCGUCGCAACACAAACCCCCUUGAUAGACACAUCUGUGCCAGCGAUCAACGCGCAGCCUGUAGAGUUAGAUGGGAUACCUACGAGUCCUCAAGAGCAGGAGCUGAAACGCCGUGAGACGGGAGGGACUAGAGUGCUCACCCCGGCAGAUGAGGACAUCGACGCAGAAUUUCUGAGUGAGGGUGGAAAGGGUGCGGGUCAGUUGGGGAGAGAGCGCGCUGCUAUCCUGGCGAGUAGGUCGAAAGAUCCAGGUGUUAUUGUCGAUAUACCGGAUGAGCCUACGGCGGAAGCAGUAGAGGCUGCGGACAGUAAGGACAGGAGAGGGGUUGAAGUCAGUACAUAGGGCAGGUGUUGCUCCUUCCUUCCGGUCGGGCGUUGUAGCGGGGAUG